AUGGCUUACAAUGGCUCUUACGCAGACCCAAAUGCUGCAGCUGUUGCAGCAGGAGGCGAUGCUUAUGCUCAAGCAGAUCCACAGGCUUUGAAAGAGUACGAGGCAGCAUGGGCGCAAUACUAUGCUUCCUUAGGACAGACUGUCCCACCUGCUCCUGGUAUGCCACAAGCUCAGGAGCAGCCCGGAGGCAAUGGAGCAGCCGCUGCUGCUCCAACUGAUUACAGCGGAUAUUAUGCCAACGGUUCUGGCGCACAACAGCCACCCAUGCCUAUGGGAGACCCAAGUACAGCUGCUCAAGGUCGUCCGGGCGGUCCUGACGGAUACAGUACUCGAGGUGGCUAUGAAGGCGGCCGCGGAGGA